CGGAAGUCUGGUUUUCUGCCGGAAGCUGUCUUGCCCUGACCGGAAGCUUAUCUGCCUCUAGUGGGCGGGAGCUUGUAUAAGAGGCUGCACGUCACUUCCGCUCCCUCUUCCGGCUGGGGCGAGACUGGAGCGCGAAGUCUCCGCCAUGUCUCUUGUGAUCCCUGAGAAAUUCCAGCACAUCCUGCGAGUGCUCAACACAAACAUCGAUGGGCGACGGAAAAUCGCCUUCGCCAUCACCGCUAUCAAGGGCGUGGGCCGGCGCUACGCCCAUGUGGUGCUGAGGAAAGCCGACAUUGACCUGACCAAGAGGGCUGGGGAGCUGACGGAGGACGAGGUGGAGCGUGUCAUCACCAUCAUGCAGAACCCCCGUCAGUACAAGAUCCCCGACUGGUUCCUCAACAGGCAGAAGGACGUCAAAGACGGGAAAUACAGCCAGGUUCUGGCCAAUGGGCUGGACAACAAACUGCGCGAGGACCUGGAGCGGCUAAAGAAAAUCCGGGCACAUCGGGGCCUGCGCCACUUCUGGGGGCUGCGUGUGCGAGGUCAGCACACCAAGACGACCGGGCGCCGGGGCAGAACCGUCGGAGUCUCCAAGAAGAAGUAGAAUUUGCCCCCCUGUCUGCAAUAAAGUGCUAUUCUCACA